AUGCUCGCCGCCGUCGGGCGCCUCCUGCGCCUCCGCCCGGGGCGCGUCCCCCGCUGCGCCCCGGGAGCGCCCCCAGAAGCCGCGCUGCGGCCCGUCACGUCUCUCCGGCCCCCCGGUCACCCCCAGUACUCCGGCGGCGGGGCCCUCGGCGGCUCGGAGCCCCCGGGUUCCUCAGGGAAGGCCCAUAGGGUCCCCUCCGAGCACAAGCCGUCGCAAUUCGACAGGAAAAUCCGGCUGUGGACCGGGCGUUUCACAACGAUGGAGGAGAUCCCGCCUCGGAUUCCGCCAGAAAUGAUAGAAGCUGCAAGAAACAGAGCGCGAGUGAAAGCUUGUUACGUAAUGAUUGGACUCACAAUCAUCGCCUGCUUUGCAGUGAUAGCGUCAGCCAAAAGGGCUGCAGAACGACACGAAUCUUUAACAAGUUGGAACCUGGCAAAGAAGGCAAAGUGGCGUGAAGAAGCUGCGUUGGCUGCACAGGGCAAGGCUAAAUGAUAGUCUAACUGACAAAGUGAUCAUCAGGACAUCAUCACUGUUAUCAGCAACAAUAACAGAUAGGUAAAAGAGACUAUUUAACAAAAUACUUGCCAAGGUUUUAUUUUGGUAACAAGAACCACAAAGUCUUUUAUAUUU